AUGCCAGAGAAAAUCGAGAAGGGUGAUGUAAAGCCACCAAAAAGGGGUAAGUUGUGGUCGAUUCAUGAGAAGGAACUUGAUGGUUGGGCGCUACCCUUCAUGGGUUCGGAUAAGUCUAUUGUCAACCGAUCACAAUAUUAUGAUUGUGUGACUAACAACAAGAGACCGGUCCAAAUUGAAACAUAUCUUCGCGUGUCUUCCCUUCUAUGGGCUGUUUUGCUGGCAAUGUGGCUGACUGUAUUUGCUGUACUUGCACAGUUCAAAUUCUCCAGAGAAUUCCUGAAAAAACAUCCCGACCUCUGCAGCUUCAAUAUGUUCAAGGCAAGCAACAGCUCUGGUCCAACGGAACAGCAAAUCGCUGAGGCUUCGUUUAUAUAUUGGUUCUUCGGAUAUGGGUACUCGGAGCGCAAGCCUGUGGGAGAAAAACAUACUGGUACACCUGAUCAGAAGGUUAGAACUUUGGUUGAAGUUUAUAAUAUACAGAUGCGUGUAGGGCGCACAUGAAA